CUCUGGUGCUUCUGUCCCCAGAUUCUUGGAUACUUUGACAUUGGUUUCACCUCUGUCUUCACAGUUGAAAUAAUCUUGAAGAUGACAGCCUAUGGUGCUUUCCUGCACAAAGGCUCCUUCUGCAGGAACUCUUUCAAUAUCCUCGAUUUACUGGUGGUCGCUGUCUCCCUCAUCUCCAUGGGAAUCGAGUCCAGUGCCAUCUCAGUGGUGAAGAUUCUCCGGGUGCUGAGGGUACUGAGGCCUCUGCGAGCCAUUAACAGGGCAAAGGGGCUGAAGCACGUGGUCCAGUGCGUGUUCGUGGCCAUCAAGACUAUCGGUAACAUUGUGGUCGUCACAACGUUGCUGCAGUUCAUGUUUGCCUGCAGCCGCCUGGCACGGGAGCGUGGCAGGGUUCAGCACGCCCGCAGGCACGGGCUCCCAGCGCCUGGGACGGCAGCAGCCGCUCUGCCCCUCCCGGCUCAGCCCUGGGGAGCCCCAGUGUGA